AUGGGUGCUAUACCAGAGAAAUGUGGUGAUCCCGAUCCUUGUAUGGUUACUUGCACUAUAGGUGAGGUACAGUUUGUGGAUUGCAUAUGUGACUUAGGUGCCUUUGUUAGUAUUAUGCCAUUAUUAGUUUAUGAUGCUUUGAAGCUUCCACCAUUGAGAAGGUCGGCAGCCCGUUUUGUGUUGGCAGAUAAAAGCAUAAUCUUAGUGGUCGACAUUGCGAAAGAUGUCUUGGAGAGCAUUAAGGGGUUGACUUUCCCUAUUGACUUCUACAUUCUAGAGAUGCCCCCUAAUGACUCAGGGAGACCUUCAUCUAUCUUGCUUGGGAGGCUGUUUUUGAAGACUUCUCAAAUUAAAUUGGAUGCCUUCUCGGGAACCUAUUCCUUUGAGAUAGAUGGAAGAACAGUGAGCUUCAACCUUGAUGAAGCUAUAAAGCACCCACCAGAAGACCACUCUAUCUUCCAGUGUGAUAUUAUUGACGAGACUGUGGCUGAUGUUCACCAAGAGGCAGUGGAUGAGAAGAACAUGGUUCAAGGUUCAAGUGUGGGAAAACCCCCUGAGCAAACUAAAGAUAUCUUGCCACCUCCAGGGGUUCCAGAUGAUCAAGUGCCAAACCAUGAGCUGAACAUGGAGUUGAAGCCCCUUCCACCUCACCUCAAGUAUGCUUAUCUUAAAGACAAUCAGAAGCUUCUGGUGAUUAUUGCAAAGGAGCUUACUUCCCAACAAGAGGAGCGUCUUCUUCAUGUACUAAGAAGAAACAAGAAAGCUAUUGGGUAG